AUGAACUCCGAGAUUUACAAACCGGGAGAAACAGCCAUCGUCGUGGUCGACGUUCAAGCUCCCUUUUACUCCGGAUUCCCGGGCAUUCCCGAGAGCUUUCCAGAUUUUCCAGAUUCAAUUAGGAGGUUUCUGUCUGCUGCUAGAGAAAAGGGCUUCAGAAUUUGCCACCUGAAUCAAGAGUCGCUUUCAGGAAAAGACAAGUGGCUUGACAAUUGGUAUCGAAAAAAUGGCAACGAUUGGAGCUGCGAUAUUGUUGCAGGAAACAUUGAAGAAUUCGCCGCACCGGCCGCUGGAGAGCCGAUUUUUGUCAAGCAUGAUUUUGACGGGUUCAGUUGCCCUCAGUUUCCCGCAUAUUUAGAGCGACAUGGCAUCAAAUCACUCAUCAUUGUCGGACUUUUGGCCACGAUUUGCGUUCAUUACACGGCCAUUUCAGCGUACAUGAGAGGAUUUCCGACGGCAAUUAUCGACGAAUGUGUUGCUGACCGAAGCAAAGAGAAAUUCGAAGCCCUGAAAACUCUGACCGGCCAUCUCUUUGAUUUUGUCAAACUUGACGAGUUUCUCUCUGUCCAAACAUAA